UCUUCAAAACAGUAAAAAACGAAAAAGAAAAGGGGGCGGAAGAAAACCCAAAGGAGUCGGUCUCUGAUUAUUCUUUGUUCUCGCUUUUCCCUGUAGUGGUGAGGGCGAAACCCUCGCGAUCGACCGAUCUCGACAACGAUCUCGCCCCUGGAAGAGCUGCUCGAUCGGAGGGGUAGCUCGCGGCCGCGAUCGGAUUUCCGGUCGCGGUGAGGUGGAGCGGGCGAUUGAAUUGAUCGGUUGGUGGUCGAGGUCUCGGGUUUGGAUCCGACGGGGGGAGCAGCGUUGGCUGCCGGUGGCAGCGCCGGCGGAUGGCGUUGUUCAGGAGGCUCUUCUACCGGAAGCCGCCGGAUCGGCUGUUGGAGAUUUCGGAAAGAGUCUAUGUGUUCGACUGCUGCUUCUCAACGGAAACUCUUGGUGAAGAUGCCUACAAGGUCUACAUGAAUGGCAUAGUCUCUCAACUGCAGGAUUAUUUUCCAGAUGCUUCCUUCAUGGUAUUUAAUUUUAGAGAGGGGGAUCAAAGGAGCCAAAUUUCAGAUAUUUUAACUGAGUAUGGUAUGACGGUCAUGGACUAUCCCCUACAGUAUGAAGGAUGUCCUUUGCUUCCUUUGGAGAUGAUCCACCACUUCUUGAAGUCGAGUGAGAGCUGGCUGUCAUUGGAAGGGCAACAAAAUGUGUUGUUGAUGCACUGUGAGAGAGGAGGCUGGCCCAUGCUAGCCUUCAUGCUUGCUGGCUUACUUCUUUAUAGAAAACAGUACACUGGUGAGCAAAAGACUCUUGAAAUGGUGUAUAAACAAGCCCCUAAGGAGCUACUCCAUGUUUUGUCGCCCUUAAACCCACAACCAUCUCACCAAAGAUAUCUUCAGUACAUAUCUAGAGGAGGAAAUGCACCAGAAUGGCCUCCAAAAGAUAUGCCCCUAAUUUUGAAUCGCUUGAUUCUUAGGGUCAUACCUAAUUUUGAUGGAGAAGGAGGUUGCAGGCCGAUGAUUCGCAUUUAUGGUCAAGACCCAUUGGUUCCCAAUAGUAGGAACGCGAAGAUUCUUUUUGCAACACCUAAGACCAAGAAGCAUGUUCGGCACUACAAACAGGCGGAGGCUGCACCAGUAAAAUUAAAUACUCGUUGUCGUGUGCAAGGAGAUGUAGUUGUUGAAUGCAUCCAUCUGGAUAAAGAUCUGGAACAUGAGGAGAUAAUGUUCAGGGUUAUGUUCAAUACAGCCUUUAUCCAAUCUAAUAUUCUGAUGCUGUCUCGUGAGGAAAUUGACGUUGUGUGGAAUACGAAGGUUCAUUUUUCUAGAGAUUUCAAAGCUGAGGUAAUAUUUUCAGAAUUUGAUGCUUUUGAAUCUGAUUCAAGCACGGAAUCGCUGAUUGAAGAUGGUGAUGAAACAGAAGGUGCUUUCACAGAGACAGAGGAGUUUUUUGAGGCUGAAGAGAUAUUUACCAAUGCUGACUGGCAAAAUGUGAAUCGAGAUACUGAAGCUACUACAUUUAGAAAUGCAACAUCCGUUGAUGAUGGGAGUUCAAUAGUGGAAAUCUGUAAUUUGACUGGUGAAGCAAGGAGUAGGUUUGAGACAAGCAAAGCUGAAGAGGAUUCAGAGACAAGGGUUUCCCAAAAGUUGACAGAAACAGAUGGCAAAUAUAUCAUGAUAGAAACCUGUAGCAUGCAUGGUCCAGCUAAGACUAGUUCUGAAUCUGACAAAUGUGAGCAUGAUGAUGAAUUUGUAAUGGUGAAAUCAGUCACUUCAGAAUGUAUGGUUCAGAUCGAAGAGAAGAAAAUGAUAGAAUGCAGCACAUUGCAACAGGACAAAAAAGGAACUGCUACUUCACUGGGUGAAGAAAACGAUCUAAUGAAGAUUAACAAUCUUAAGCAGGAGACUGAGACUGUUACAGGUUUGGUGAAUAUGACACAUAAUUUUGUUGAUACAGAAGCUCCAGAUACAACUGAAAGAAAAUGGGAAAAUGGUGACUAUAAACAUGGCUCAGAGAACAUUUCUGAAACAAGAUCUAAUUAUAUUGGUGAAAUUCCCAGUCUGGCCAAACAUCUUCCUGAAAGAGAGACCCACAGUAGCACCUAUCAAGAUAAAGUCGAACAUUAUAGUGAAAGUGCAUUGAGAAUUCCAGGUGUGACAGAAGAAACAAUGACCAAAUUUCCUCCCAUUGCUUGCAGUAGUACUGGCAAGAUUAUCAGCAAAGAGUAUAUGGAUUACACAGUUACUUGUGAGGAGAAGAAUAUAGUAGAGGUCAGCAACUCUCAACAUGAAGUGAAGGACAUUAUUGCACUUGAUGUUGAAGAGAAGAAUAUAGCUGAAACAUACAAUAUUGAGCAAGAUGCAUCUGGCCUGGCCUCUGAGAAGACAAUGACCUCAUGUACCAAGACUUGCAAGACACAAAUUUUGACUUCGACACAUGAUGCUGACAACAGACCUGAAAAAAUAAAGUCAAGGUUCAAUCAAGAGAAUAUUACUACCAGGAAAACUCUGCUUGACAAGGGUCACAAUCAAGGAAACCAGGGUAUAUCACAAGAAGUUAAACUGGAGUGCAAAAGGGAGCCAGACAAAGUUGUUGCUCAAAGCAAGACACAGCCCAAAAUUCUCAAUCAGAAAUUUGGAAAUGGUGAAGAGAAGCAGACUCUAGAAAUAUCUUCGUAUACCAUGCCAGAGAAACCAUCAUCAGGCACAAAACGACCUGAUUCCCUAGUAUCUAAGACAAUGGUUAAACAGCAGGAAUCUGCAGCAGAUCAACAAAGCUCGAGACAGGCAAAGACAGUUGCUAGGUGGAUCUCACCAGGAAAAGACUCUGAUGCUACUUCAGUGCAUUUGCCUUCUCACCCUCCAUCCAGGUAUAACAGUGCACCAGCUGCUCUAGCCAUUUCUGCAGCUUAUCAAGGUUAUAUAAGUGGUAAAGUUGCAGUGGUGUCUGAAACUCCAGCUUGUGCAGAUAAAGCUGCAUCUUCCCUGCAGUUGUCAGUUCAAUCUUCUAUAUGUCAUGUGUUAUCUCCAAUUGAGGAAGCACCUCUAUCUGCUUUGGUGGUACCUCCACCUGCUUGUGGCGAGCAUUCAACCCCUCCUAAGUUGCAAGCUCAUAAUACCCCCACCCCACCCCCACCCCCACCCCCACCCCCACCUCCACCCCUUUCUAUUAGUACUCCAACAAGUUCAUAUUUUGCUAAUGGCCAUUUUAACCCUCCUCCUGCACCACCACCACCACCGUUGAAGAUCGGAGGAGCUAAAGCCACAUCUGCUUACUCCACACAUCAUUUAUUACCACCAACCCCGCCAGCCCCACCACCACCACCACCACCACCUUCCUCAUCUGGAGUCUUAUAUAGUUCAUUUCUGCAGCCUUCCCAAACUUCAGCUUCACAAACCAAAGCCACUGUAAAGGCUCCUCCACCACCUCCUCCACCUCCGCCACCACCUCCUCCACGCAAUAAAAUUGACUUGUAUGCAUCACCUUCCUCACCUCCAUCCAUGCCACCACCAUCUUUGCCCUCAGGAGCAUCUAGUAGAGGUCCCCCUCCACCGCCUCCUCUUCCUCCACGGCUCGAAGGUUUAGUGUCUAAAAUUCCUCCUUCUCAACCUAUGACAGCAAGAACAUCCACUGAUUCUUCACCAUUGUCACCACCACCACCACCUCCUCCCCCUCCUCUGUCACCACCUUCUAUCAUGUUUUUAGGAACUUCAGUUAGAAGCUCACCUCCACCUCCACCACCACCUCCUAUGAGAAAUACAUCAUGUGCCCCUCCUCCACCACCACCGCCAUCACUGCCACCAAAUCGCGGAGGAAAACCAUUGGUUCCUCCUCCUCCUCCACCUCCUCCAUUGCCAAGGGCUUCUGUUAAAAGUCCUCCAUCAGUACCUCCUCCUCCACCACCACCUCCUAUGCCUUACUCAAGUUCAUCAAAGUUUCCCAAUGGUGCCACCACCUCACCACCUCCUUCAGUUCGUGGAACUCCAUCUCCACCCCCUCCACCACCUCCUCCUCCUGGCCUAUAUGGUGGUACAACACCUCCACCACCACCUCCUCCUCCUCCUCCUGUACCUGGUCCAUGUAGUGGUGCUCCUCCUCCACCACCUCCACCACUGCAUCUUGGCCCACGUAGUGGUGCUCCUCCUCCACCACCUCCGCCAGGUCCUCCACCUCCUCCUGGCUCACGAGUCAAUGCCCCACCACCACCGCCUCCUCCAGUUCUACGUGGUGGUGCCCCUCCUCCACCGCCUCCUCCUGGGUCACGAGGUAAUGUCCCACUUCCACCCCCUCCUCCAGGUCCACGUGGUAGUGCUCCUCCUCCACCCCCUCCUCCAGGUCCACGUGGUAGUGCCCCUCCGCCACCGCCUCCUCCUGGAGGACGUACACCUCCUCCACCGCCUCCUCCUGGAGCACGUACACCUCCUCCACCAGCCCCACCUAGAGCACCUGGUGCUCCACCACCUCCUCCAUCCAGUUCUCAAGCUGACGCUAGAGGAUUAUCGCCAAAUGGGGCAAGAGGACGUGGACUUACACGUUCUGCAGCCUUAAAUUCAUCAAAUUUGGCACCGCGUAGGUCAUUGUUGAAGCCGCUGCAUUGGGUGAAAGUAACAAGAGCUGUUCAAGGAAGCUUAUGGGCUGAACUACAGAGAUCUGGUGAUGCUUUAAGUGCUUCAGAAUUUGAUGUGUCAGAACUUGAAAGCCUCUUCUCUGCAGUGGUCCCUAAAAAAGAUGAUAGCUCUAAAUCUGACGGGCGUCGCAAAUCUCUUGGAUCAAAAUCUGAUAAAGUUCACUUAAUUGAAUUAAGGCGCGCCAACAAUACUGAAAUCAUGCUGACAAAAGUCAAGAUGCCACUUCCUGAUUUGAUGAGUGCUGCUUUAGCAUUGGAUGAUUCCAUUUUAGAUGUUGACCAAGUAGAAAAUCUCAUUAAGUUUUGUCCAACCAAAGAGGAAAUGGAGCUUCUCAAGGGCUAUACCGGUGACAAGGAAAAACUUGGAAAGUGUGAGCAGUAUUUCUUGGAGUUGAUGAAAGUUCCGCGAGUGGAAUCUAAAUUAAGAGUUUUUUCUUUCAAGAUUCAGUUCGUCUCUCAGGUUUCUGAUCUUAGAAAGAGUCUGAACACCAUAGACUCUGCUUGUGAACAGAUUCGCAACUCUAUCAAAUUGAAAGAAAUCAUGAAGAAAAUUCUUUUCCUUGGUAAUACCUUAAAUCAAGGAACUGCAAGAGGCUCAGCAAUUGGCUUUCGUUUGGACAGUAUUCUUAAACUUACUGAUACCCGUGCUACUAAUAACAAAAUGACGCUUAUGCACUAUUUGUGCAAGGUGCUUGCUUUGAGAUCUCCACAUCUUCUGGAUUUUUAUGAGGACCUUACUAGCUUGGAAGCUGCAUCAAAGAUACAAUUAAAAUCCUUGGCUGAAGAAAUGCAAGCCAUUGUCAAGGGUCUGGAGAAGGUUGAGUUGGAGCUGAAUGCAUCUGAAAAGGAUGGCCCUGUCUCUGAAAUUUUCCGUAAAACCUUGAAGGAGUUUGUUGUUGUCGCUGGAGCUGAUGUGCAAUCACUAACGACACUCUAUAAAGAAGUGGGUAAAAAUGCUGAUGCCCUUGCCAUAUAUUUUGGUGAAGAUCCUGCACGUUGCCCUUUUGAACAAGUCAUCUCUACACUUUUGAACUUUGUCUUGAUGUUCCGACGGGCACAUCAGGAGAAUUGCAAGCAAGCUGAGCUUGAGAAGAAGAAAGCUGAGAAGGAGAGAGAGAUGGAAAAGUCUAAAGCUUCAACACCAAGUAGUAAAAAUGAUUCAAAGGAAACAAGCUUGAGCCAGCAGCUGCUGGAAGCAAAGACGAGAACCGAGUAUACAAACAGGCGUGAAAAAGAUGUUAGAUGAUAUCUAGUUUCCUCAUUUUGGCUUACAUCUCAUGUGCUACCUUCCUGGGGAUCUGUGCAUUACCACCACGCAAGAUCCCCGUUCAGAUUGGGAGGAAGAUGGUGCUGCAACCAGGCACUGCUUCAAGCAUGAAAGACACUGGUUCAAGCCUCGGACUGAAGUCGUGGUACUGAGUCACAAUAGUGAUUACUCCAUCGUGGUAAACUUGACCUCUAUGUCAUCCGCAAGCCUUUCAGCUUUUUGCUGAUCUUACAUGCCAACAGGUGACUUGGAGAUUAGAGGUCAGAUCGAUCAAUUACCCUGACCGGUCAAGCAUCCCCAGAUUAUGUAUUCUAAUUCUUGUACAGACCUAACCCCUUGGUUCAUUUGAUUCCUUCUCCUUUUUUCUUUUCUUUCGGUUUUUUUAACCCCCCACCCCCCCAUUUUUUCUUUUUGAGAACUUGUGUGAUUCUUGUUCCCACGCUUACCAUUUUCUCACUUGCAGUGGCUUGGGUACCGCCAGGCUUCAGAAAUUAUGAACUAGGUGUGUAAGAAGGGAUCUGAAAGUAAAUAUUUGUGUAGAGCCCAAUUUUAAUCAGAUUGGUUCUAAUGGAGCCCAGUUUUCCUGACUAA